AUGAAGGAACAAAAAAAGGGCGAGAGCAGCGAAGCAGGAAAAAUGUCAAAUGUAACUCUAAAGAAGAGCUACAGUUAAAAAGUAGAAAAUAAUAAGACAUCAGGCAGUUCAAAAAAUGAUGAGUUCUAAUCCUAACAUUCAGAGGCAAGUUUACCAGAUUCUUCUAGAGUACGCAGAGAUGGAAGAAAGAGAAUGAAAAAGACAAUUAGUAAUAAAGUUUAUGAAAAUAUGUAAAGCUAAGACGUAUCCAAAGUAGAUGAUUCGAAUUUGUAGCAGAUAAAUAUCGACACAUCUAUUAAUAAGGAUAACAAUACUCACUAAUAUAAUGCCAUAGAUUUCAUGAGCUUAAAUGGACUAUCUGAGUAAACUAUGCAUAAUGAAUAAACUCAGCCAGCUUAAAAUUUUUUAGGGGGCACUUUUAAAGGGCAAGUCACUAGCAGCUACUAGAAUGCAGGAUCUCAAAAAAAUAGCAAUUUAUCCAUUUAAUAACAAUUAGAUAGUAAUAUCCAGUAAUAGAACCAAGGUAUUUCAUAAUUUUACGCUUCUGCUGAUGGCGCAUAGAUGCCCAGAAGAAUCGAUAAUAGAAAUAGAUAGGUUAUAGAUUUAAAUCAAGUAGAAGAGCAACCUAAACUUGGUUUCAAAUAGAGAUUGUGCAGAAUUAUUGCACUUGCUGUUUUCUUGGGUUAUUUGUUGUUUAAUAUUUACAUGACUUUUUAGCAAAGUGAGAUUGAAAGUGGGUAAUUAAGAGGACGCGAUGGCGAUGAGAUGUACCCUCAUGCAAAAGAGGAAUUAAAAAAAGAAAUAGAAGACAUGAGAUUAUUUAGCAAAUAAAUUGAAAAAUGUUAGUUAAACAGAUAGGAAUUCAUAAAGUAGUACCGUAAAAAAGAGUAUUUCUUUGAUAUUUCUACAUGCGAAUGGCUUAAGACAUGCAGUAUUAAUACACUCGUUUAUUCUAGCUUUUGUUUAGCCAACUGCCCAAAUAAUUAUAAAAAUAUAUCAAGUACUUGCAUUAGUGAUUACUAAGCAUAAUCUAUGAAGCAGUGUCCAGAAGAUCACUUUUAGUAUGGAAUUGAAAGAAAAAACACUUAAGAAAUGCAGCUUUACACAUGUUCUAGUUGCUAAAUAGAAAAUUGCUUUUCUUGCAUUUCUAAAAGCUUCUGUUAAAUUUGUUAUAAGGAUUAUUUUUUAGAAAAUGGCAAAUGUGUUAAAAAUUGUUAACAAAAUCAUAAUGAGGAUUAUAAGACUUAAAGCUGUAUACUAGACUCAAAUAGUGAUUUAAAAGUGGAAAUUAAAUUUUUGAAUUCGAAAAUUCUAGCAAAACGCAUCUUUUAUGAAGUGAUAUUCAGUCCUGCCUAAUUCCUCAAUAAGAAAACUUAAAUUUAAUAUCUAUAUUUCAUCAACGAUAGAGAAAACCCUACAAAUUAAAUCUAAUCGAUUUACGAUAACUUAGCCAAAAAGUUGUAAGAAAUAGAAAAUUUCAUUCUUAUUUCAAUUCCAUCAAUACCUGAUGCAUUCUUGAGAGAUACAAGCUUUUAUAGCUUCUUUAACUAAGAACUUAUUCCAUAAAUAGAGAGCCAUUACCAAGUACCAUUUUCUCAUUACCACAGAUUAAUUGCAGGUGAAGGAUUUGGAGGCCUACAAGCUUUGUACAUAGCAACUAUGUCUCGUCCUUUGUUUUAAUUUGGGUUCGUUGGACUAAUUAACCCUUAUAUUUCAGUAAAUGACAUUGAAGAAACAGAUAGAAAAAAACUAUUUAUUACUUCAUAGGAAACAAUCUCAUAAGUUAAAUUUGACUUUGCUAAUGAUUUUAAACUAAAAACAACAAUUUAUACUGACUUUAAUAGUUAAAUCUAAAACAACCAAAGACCUAAAAAUACUUAUUCUGAACUGGUAAGUAAACUCAAAGAAGCAAAUUCUAGCUAAGAAAUGAAUUUAUAAGAACCAAACUGUGAAAAGAACAACUGUACUGAAAACAAAUAUUUUUAUUUGUUUUAAGCUAUUAUUAGCUAUAAUAAACUUUUAAAAGAAGAACAAAAUCCAUGA